ACAUGGUGGAUGUGUUAUCAAAAUACGAUCACACGGAAAAACAUUACAUCGGAAUGUUUUCGGAGACCAUAAAAUCAAAUUUUCACUUCUCAUUUGACAUGGCAUUCGGAGGAGGAGGUUAUGCUCUAAGUUAUCCUCUAGUGAAGGCUUUAGUGGAAGAAUUGGAUAAUUGUAUUGAGAGGUACCAUUACAUUUGGGCAGUGGAUCAUUUACAGAGUUUGUGUUUGGCUGAUUUGGGCGUUGAUCUUAGCCUUGAAAAAGGAUUUCACCAGAUGGAUCUAUACGGUGACAUAUCAGGCUUCCUCUCGUCCCAACCAACGGCUCCUCUUGUCAGCCUCCACCACUUCGAAACUGUCACACCACUUUUCCCUGGCAUGGACCGUCCAGGUUCGGUCAAUCAUAUCAUGAAAGCAGCCAACGUGGACCAAUCACGGAUGCUACAACAGUCGAUAUGCCACGUCAGAGCAUGUAACUGGACCUUUUCGGUCUCGUGGGGAUACUCUGUUCAUAUCUAUGAGAAGAUAUUCCCACGGAGCUACUUGAAGCUUCCAAUCGAGACAUUCCGUCCUUGGUGGCACGGAGGACGGCCUCCUUUUUACAUGUUUAACACGAGACCAGUUUCUCGAGAUCCAUGUGAAGCUCCUCACUGGUUCUUCUUUGUUUCGAUUGAACAAGAGAAGGAAGGAGUUGUUACUUCUUACAAAAGGAAGUUUCCUAGAAACAUGGCUUCUUGCUUCUUCUCUGGUAAUACUUCUGCGGAUCCUCUUACUACAAUCCGUGUCUUCUCUCCCAAAACUCCCAAACCGGGGAGAAAAGUAGAAUGUUGCGACGUGGAAUAUGAAGGUGCAAAUGUUGCAUACAUGAGACUUCGAGAUUGUAGGAGACACGAAAUCAUCGCCUAAUGACAAACGAAGGGCACAAUCUUUUAUCUGAUCAAAUAAUAAGUCGGUUUGCACAUUUAGCAACUAAGUUUUUUUAAAAAAGAUACAAAUUUAAAAAGUAAAAAAGUAAACAUUGUAAUAAUAUUGUAUUUUAUAUUGGAAGAUAAUUUUUUUACACUGGACUAUUUAUCCACCUUUAAAAACUUGUCUACUUAUUUUAAAGACUUCUUUGUGGCAUAUGUAGUAAAACAUGUAGUUUUUCUGUAUGAUCGUUUGUUUGAAUUUAGGUAAAGAAGAGAAAAGCAAAUAAAUGAAAAAGAGAAAGAAAAAAACUUAUCUUGCUUAUUAUGUCAAGACUCAAGAGCUAACGAAUUUUGAAACCCUCUCUACUUCUCAUGUGCUACUAAUUCAUCAGAGG